AUGAGACAACUGACAUUUACCGCAAAUACGUGGGUGAUCUCAGCAUGUGCCAUUUCCAUCACUGGAUCAAGUAAUGAGGAGGUAAGUAGUGGUUACAAAGAUGAUGAAUCUGGAUACAUCGCCAUGGUUGGGGCGUGGCCGCUACGUGGCCGAUUUCCCUGGGUAAAUCCAAUGAUGAAUCCGGCCCCUGGUGUUUUAUUCAACAACUUUGACUCAAACCAGAUGAACAGGUAAUU